AGAAUACAAAGCAUUUAUUUAAAAAAGAACGGUGUUUGUUUCAGAAAUUGCAUAUUCAAGGAAGCUUAUUUAUUGCAUGUGUUCUUGCGUGUUAUCUGAAUAGGUUAAACCCGAAUUCAAGUUAUGUAACAUCAUCAUCGACACAAAAGAUGGAGUUGUGGGGAAACGAUGCUGUUUCGCUCUGUUCACUUCCCACUGUCACCGUGAGGUAUGUUGAACGCCUCCGUGGUGAGGAUCAGAACAUCGAGAUAUUUCCAUGUCCCAGAUGUCGCUCAGAGUUCAUGCUCAAAACAAGCAAGGAUAUCAGUGGAAUGGCGAGCAAUUGUUUUAUUAAAAACAUGUUGGAAAAUUUGACGAUUCAACAAAAGGCGAAAGCGUCAGCCGCAUGUUCACGUUGCCAAGAACCUGCCAUCAAUCACUGCGCGACAUGUGAGGUUUUUUUAUGCAAGAAAUGUUCGGAUUCUCACGACAGUUGGCUGGUGCCAAUGAAACAGUCAAGCCACGAUGUUUUGUCCAUGCAAGAACUGAUCAAUUCCGAAAGCGAAGUUAGAAUAAAGAGAAAGCUUUACUGCAUGAAGCACGAAGGAGAAAUGCUCAAAUAUUAUUGUGAAACAUGCAGGGAACUUUGUUGUAUCCACUGUGUCGUGUUAAAUCACCAGAAACCAGAGCAUUCGUGUAUGGCAGUGAGCGGUGAUGCACAAAAACAAAGAGAAACCUUGCAGUCAAGCUCCACGAUCCUUGAUGAAAAAGUAUCGGAAGGGAAGGGCGCGUUAAAAAACGUCUGUGAGGUGAUGAAGGCUCUCAAAAAGAUUGCUGAGUCUGCCAAAGACCAAAUCGAAGAGCAGAAACAAAAGAUUUUGAAGAUUAUAACGGAUGAACUCUGUGAAAGAGCGAAGAAAAUGAACGAAGAAGUGGACAAGUUUUAUAAAGAAUUGUACAGUGAACUGAGCGAGCAACACGAUGGAAUUAAAGAUUUUCUUGAUAAAGUACAAGCUUCAGUUUCCUUGCCAAGAAAUCUUUUAAAAAGAGGAAGUGUUGAAGAAAUUCUCUCAUUGCAAAAAGAGAUUGAUGAAAAUAUUGAGAAGCUGAUUAGUGAACAACCAAAGGAUAUGACGCCUUUAAAUCAUGGUGGCAUUCGGUUUGUACCUGGUGAUAUUGGUGACAUCAAUGUUGAUGAACUAGUUAGUAUAAUGGGACACAUAGAAGCUGAUCCAGUUUCUCUCAAUCCGAAUCUAAGAGCUUCAUCCAAUAUUCUGAGUGGAGAGAUAUCAUUAACGAAGCAACUUCAGCAAUGGUUGGGCGAGAAAUGUAAAUGGAAUCUUUGUUACCGUGCUUCAAAAGAUGGUUGGAGUGCCCAGGAUUUUCACAGACAUUGUGACAAUAAAGGACCAACAGUGGUUUUGGUGAAAGCAAAUAACUUCAUUUUUGGUGGAUACACUGACCAAAACUGGCUAGGUAUAACAGGCAAUAGAUACUGUCAAUCCACCUCCUCGUUUCUUUUCUCCUUACGAAACAAAGACAACCUUGCCCCAUUUAUUGCCAACAUCAAACAAGGUCAGGAGCGGUAUGCAAUCUACUGUUCCCGAGCUUAUGGACCAGUCUUUGGUGGAGGUCAUGAUUUGUUCAUCCACGACAAACCUCAACUUAAUCAGUCAUCCGCCGGAAAUUUUGGGCACACAUAUCAACUGCCAGCUGGUUAUGUCUAUGCCAGCAGUGAAGAAGCAAUGAACCUCCUUGCUGGUCAGCCAUUUUUCCAUACAACCGAAAUUGAAGUUUUCAACUGAAACGUACAUGUUGAAUCUACUUCUAUAUGAAGAAUAUUGUCUACCCAAUUACAUGUUGUAUAUACACAGUCACGACAAUGUAUAUACUACAUUCUCAGACGUGUCACUGGCGAAUAGACCUCCGUCGGUGGUCUAUGACUAUACCACCGAAAUACAAACAUAAUAUUUCGGUAUUUUAUUAGCCACAUACUCAUAGUGAUAUUCCCAGAACUA